ACCGACGACAGGCGAUUCGACGCAUGGAUGGGGCCCUUCAAAAGAAAUUGGGCAAGGGGGUCGCACACAAUUUGAAGAUUAUUAUCAGAGGAGAACGCGGCAGCGGUAAAAGUGCUUUGCUCAGUAGACUUAAAGGUCAACCUUUUACAUCUUCAGUAUAUGAGCCAACGCCUGAGAUCGAGACGGCGACCAUUAAUUGGAGCGCCAAAGAAGAUGGUGCUGUGGUCAAGGUAGAGAUUUGGGACGUCGUUGACAAGGGGUUGGGCCGACGCGGUAGUUUGAUCGGAAAUAAUGUGAGGGGGACGGGCACUGUCGCGCACGACGGCGGCGGUGACCCUGAUGCUCUGGCAGGGCUUCCGCUCGACGUACCAGUGCACGCCCAGCGCGGGCACCAUGCAGGUGCUUCUGGGAGUCAUGCAUUUGGUGUAUUGGAUGCCACCAUUGUAGACGUUUGGAAAGGGUCGCAUGGAGGUAUAUUCAUGAUGAAUCCUUUCUCCUCGACGGCGCUGCAAUACGUCCAAAAGCAACUCGCCGAGGUACCACGGGGCAUUCCUGUCCUUUUGCUGGCGAACUUUCGAGAUUUACUUCUUGACGACACGCAGGAGGGAAGGAAGCUUGAAGAGGACACCAAACAUGAGGGUGAAUCGGUCGAAGCUGCUCCCGUUC